AACAUUCUAGCCUGCUACUCUUUCGGUUUGCCUUGUCUCUUCCUGACCUGCCCAUUUCUCACUCACCUGCCCCCAUUCUGCCUGUUCCUGCUCUACCUGUUUUCAUUCUGCCUGCUCUUGAUCUGCCCACAACCCUCUGUCUGUUCUGCUCUGUGUUCCUGCUCCUCGUCGCUUGUGUACUCGUAGGACUGACUCCCCCGGAUACUGCUCAGGAACUGUUCUCCCAAUAGCCUUUUGACUAUCGAUUCCAUCUCUGGCUUACUAUCUCCCUGAGUAAAUCUUCCGGUCUCCAGCAAUCAGGAGUACAGUCACCUUAGUCUCCUGUCUGACAGAAAGCGUUGAUGUACGAAUAUGGACUCCAGGGAGACCCAGCAGCAGCAGCCAUUUAAUACCCGGGCAAGGGUCGGUAAAAUUACCCAACUUAUAAACCAGCUCAUGGAGGCAAAAGCUGGAGAGAACACAGUACCAUCCCCUGCUCUGCGCACUGCUAGUGUGGAUCAUGUGGCACAACCGGGAAUGGUUCUCGAGUUGGCAACACCUCAUAGGAUCAACAGAAAUCCAUUCCUGGACUCCUUCCACGAAGUGCUCGACCAUCCUGCAGUGGAGUGGAGUCUCGGAGAUCACCUCGGGGCCUCAUAUUCGCCACCACCCCCAGGUCGACGGUAUAGGGGAGUGGACCAACCAGGUGGUUACCAAACAUCUUCGACUGGCCUGUCAUCUCCCAGAAUACACCCAAAAUCCCAGAGUAAGGAGGUGCAUCCUGACACUGCAGAUAACAGCGACAAAAUGAAGACCCAGCAGGAGCUGAAGCGCUAUAAUCCCAGGGACAGAACCUUAAAGUUUGUGAAAAGGAAGGACGACAUCACCCUGGAUGAUGACCCAGAGAUCCUGAGGGCAGAAAUGUCCUGUGGCCAUGUUGUCAGUCCAGAGUCACUGACUACUUGGUGUCAAAGUCUCCUAGAUCAGGGUCAGUACAAGUUCACGUGUCCGGCUCUGAAGGAUGGAGGGAAUCAGAAGUGUGGGAAGGAGUGGCCCUACCAGGAGGUUCGGAAAUUGGCAGUGUUGACAGACAGUGAGCAGAGAUAUUUUGAGGAGACCAUGGCAGCUUUGGCUGCUGCGAAUUUCCAUGAAUAUAAGUCAUGUCCCAAAUGCAAGUCCUUUGUGGAGAGGGAAGACCUGACCAAUCUGAGCGUGCACUGCACAGUCUGCACUGCUGAGAGGGGUCGAAACUAUGAAUUCUGCUGGCAGUGCCUAAAUCAGUGGAAAGGACCUGGGCCACGAUCUGACCGCUGCAACAACAAUGGCUGUACCAACAAGGAUCUGGACCUGCUCCAGAAAUGCCCCAUGACUAUUCUGCCAGAGGUGGAGAACGUGCAGUGCCCCUCCACACGAGCCUGUCCCACCUGUGGCCUACUGAUCGAGCAUGACAAGAGUGGCUGCAAGAACAUAAUCUGCUCGAGGUGUCAGAAGGAGUUCUGCUUCGUCUGUCUGAAGCUCACCCCUGAGUGUCUACAGACCAGCAGUCACUACACACCCUGUUCUGAUGGUGUUGCCCCCAGGCAGACAUCAAUGCCUACCUGGAAAAGAAAUUAGAUACAAUUCCAGUUAAUUUACUCCCCCUACACACAAAUCAUACAUUUUCUGCUUCAUAUGCUACGGAACUAAUAUAACUUAGUUACUGUUACUUUCAGUACAGAUCUAUAUGUGUGUAUUUGCUCUGUCUGUAAAUGAAUGAUUUGAUUCAUUAAGUAUAUUAACUCAUCUAAUCAAAAUGGUGCCACUAAUGUGGUAAAAAUCAAACAACCAGACACCAUUCUUUUAUCGGCAGGACAAUGACUGGCCUUGAUGGUUAUUUUAACUUACAUUAAAUAUUCUGCUUGUAUUGCUAGUUUUAUUUACUUUAAAAUUUAUUUUGAUGGUACAUGGUUCCUCCAUGCUAUGCACCACCAUACGAUAUUUUUUAAAACCCUUUGCUGCAUGAUAAUAUCACCAAGUUAACAAGCUUCAUCAGUGCCAAGUGGGCUGUUGGUGACGCAGCCUCAAAGCCUCCAAGGGUUUUAGAUGCUCUUUAGAAUGUUGGCUCGCUAGUCUCAGACCAAAGCUCCAUAAUGCUACUUUAAUGUUACAAAGAACAUAGUAGUGACAUCCAUCCAUUUCCAGUAACCGCUUCUCCUAUUCAGGGUAGUGGGGGUCCGGAGCCCAUCCCAGAGGCUGCGAGCACAAGGCAGGGAACAAGCCAGCAUGGGGCUCCAAUCCAUCGCAGUGCAAACACGCAGACACGCACACACACCCCCACACACCAUUCACACCUCUGGGCAAUUUAAUAACUUAAGUUCACCUUAGCAUGUUUUUGGACCGUGGGGCAAAACCAGAGUACUUAGAGUAAAUUCCACAUUGACACGGUGAGAACAAGCCUUCUCCAACUGCAUUAAUUAGAAAAUUUCAAACCCUCUGAACAAACAAACAUACGUUCACAAUAUGCUGUCUUGAGGAUGAUUAAUACUGUAUAUGUAGAAUCUUUAGUAAAAUGGGUCAAACAUCAGGUAACACAAUAGAAAUGCUGUCCUCUGUGAUUUAGAUUUCAAUGCCUUCAAAAUAGGAACUAAUGUUUGUGCUGAUCAAGCUCACCAGAUACACAUGAUUUAAGGUGAAUUCUCCACAUUGAAAAGGAAGGAAUGAGUGCUAUAUACUGUCAGGCUCCCCCUGCAGGUUGUGGGCCCACAGGAUGGUGGACCCAUGUUAUUUCUUCAGGCUAUCCCUAAACAGGCUUCAUAGGUGAACGUCUGGUGAACGAGCUACCACCCCAGGCCUGGCUCCAGGGGCAAGACCCCAGUCUCCUCAGUCCAGGCAGGGUAACCGAGUCCAUUAUAUUAUUCAUCAUAAGGGUUUUCUGAAUGGCACUUAGCAUGGCAGCUCACCUACAAUCGUGGCCAAAAGUUUUGAGAA